UCCAGGACCCCUCUUUCCCGCCUCUCUCUCUCUCUCUCGCUGCGUCUCUCAAUUUCUCCCGUCAGCCAUGGCGUCCGAUUCUUCUCCUGGCAACUUCAAUGAUGAUCAUUCAUCGCCUGACGAUGUCGCUUCCAGCCCAAUCGACAACACCUUCUCCUCCCCCGCCUCUCGCCGGAGCAUUGGCCGCCGGCGGGGAAGAUCUUCCACUCCGACGCCCUUUGCCACUCCUCCUCGGCCGUCGCGCCUCGCCGCUUCCGACUCCACUCCUCCGUCAUCUCGUCCCUCCGCUGCCAGAUCCAACGGAGGAAACCGACACCACCCACCGACACCUUCGUACACCGACGACGCUCCGCCUUCGUCGGAGGCCGGCGAUGAAGACGAAGGCGACGACGCCGCGCCGACUUUCGUCUGGGGCACCAACAUCAGCGUGCAAGAUGUCAAGUCGGCGAUUGAGAUGUUCGUCAAGCAUUUCAGAGAAGCUCGAGAGAGCAACGAUGAUGUGUUCGCAGAAGGGAAGUAUAUGGCGGCAAUUCGGAAGGUGGUUGAGAUUGAAGGGGAAUGGAUCGAUGUCGAUGCACAUGAUGUGUUCGACUAUGAUCCUGAUCUGUAUUACAAGAUGGUUCGGUACCCUUUGGAAGUUCUCGCGAUUUUCGACAUCGUGCUUAUGGAUAUUGUUUCCACGAUGAACAAUUUCUUCGACAAACAUGUUCAAGUGAGGAUUUUUAGCCUCAAGACAUCCACUUCCAUGAGGAAUCUCAACCCAUCUGAUAUCGAAAAGAUGAUCUCGUUGAAAGGAAUGAUUAUACGAUGUAGCUCGAUAAUUCCGGAAAUCAGGGAAGCUGUGUUUAGAUGCCUUGUUUGUGGAUACUUCUCUGAUCCCAUCAUCGUGGAUAGAGGUAAAAUAAAUGAGCCUUCCACUUGCUUGAAACAAGAGUGCCUUGCCAAGAACUCCAUGACACUAGUUCACAACCGAUGCAGGUUUGCAGAUAAGCAGAUCGUGAGGCUUCAGGAAACGCCCGACGAGAUUCCUGAAGGGGGAACACCUCACACGGUUAGCUUGUUGCUGCACGAUAAGCUGGUCGAUACUGGAAAGCCGGGCGACAGAAUUGAGGUCACUGGAAUUUACAGAGCAAUGACUGUCAGAGUUGGACCGACUCAGAGGACUGUGAAAUCUGUGUUUAAGACUUACAUCGAUUGUCUUCACAUUAAGAAAACUGACAAGUCGAGAAUGGUAGCAGAGGAUCCUAUGGAGCUUGAUAGUGGACCCCGUAGAGUUGAGGAAGACGAAGUGUUUGAUGAGAAGAAGGUGAAAUACUUGGAGGAACUGAGUAAAUUGCCGGAUAUAUAUGAGAGGCUUACUAGAUCAUUGGCACCAAACAUCUGGGAGUUGGAUGAUGUAAAGAAGGGUCUCCUCUGUCAGCUCUUUGGAGGAAGUGCUCUGAAACUGCUGUCUGGAGCCAGUUUCCGUGGUGACAUCAACAUUCUACUUGUGGGUGACCCUGGUACAAGUAAGUCCCAGCUGCUUCAGUACAUACACAAGCUUUCACCCCGUGGCAUUUACACCAGUGGGCGAGGCAGCUCUGCUGUCGGUUUGACAGCUUACGUGGCCAAAGAUCCCGAGACAGGAGAAACUGUUUUGGAGAGUGGAGCUCUUGUUCUAAGUGACCGAGGUAUUUGCUGCAUAGAUGAAUUUGACAAAAUGUCUGACAAUGCAAGGAGCAUGCUGCAUGAGGUGAUGGAACAGCAGACCGUAUCGAUAGCAAAGGCGGGUAUUAUUGCAUCUUUAAACGCGAGGACUUCGGUGUUGGCUUGUGCAAACCCCAGUGGCUCACGCUACAAUCCUCGUCUAUCUGUUAUCGAGAAUAUACACCUUCCUCCAACCUUGCUUUCCAGGUUUGAUUUGAUCUACUUGAUUCUUGACAAGCCUGAUGAGCAAACUGAUAGGAAGCUUGCAAAACAUAUCGUGGCCCUACACUUCGAGAACGCAGAGAGUGUACAAGAGGAGUCUUUGGACAUUGCUACAUUGACAUCUUAUGUAGGCUACGCCCGCAAGAAUAUUCAUCCUAAGCUAUCAGAUGAAGCUGCAGAAGAGCUCACCCGGGGAUAUGUUGAGCUCAGAAAGGCCGGGAAGUUUGCCGGUAGUAGCAAAAAGGUAAUAACGGCUACACCUAGACAAAUUGAAAGUGUGAUUCGUCUUAGUGAGGCCCUGGCUCGUAUGCGUUUCUCUGAAUGGGUUGAAAAACCUGACGUGGAAGAGGCAUUUCGGCUUCUCAAAGUGGCAAUGCAGCAAUCAGCUACCGACCAUGCGACUGGAACCAUCGACAUGGAUCUGAUCACCACUGGAGUCUCGGCAAGCGAACGAAUGAGAAGGGAAAUCCUCGUAUCCUCAACCCGUGACUUCCUCCUCGAGAAAAUGCAAAUCGGAGGAUCCUCGAUGCGAUUAAUGGAGGUACUGGAGGAGCUGAAGAAGCAAGAAGGAACCAAUACAAACACCGAAAUUCAUCUUCACGAUCUGAGGAAAGCGGUGGCAACGCUUGCCACAGAGGGAUUCCUUGUUCUUGAAGGUGACAGAGUGAAGAGGGUAUGAAUGGUUGACUAACUUCACAAUCUGAAAGCCUUUUUUCUUAUCAUGUAAUUAGAUUUACUGAUUUAGUAGCAACCAUCAUUUGUCCAAGGGCUUAUUCACACGCACAUAUAUAUAUAUGUAUGUAUGUAUAUGUCCAAUGGACAACAGGACAAUGUGGGUCGGAUUUGAGCAUGACUACACAGAAUGAUUGAUUGACGGGCAAAAUUCCGUAUUUA